GAGAUGGCGCUUCUUCCGGGUCCGGGAGCUCGAGCUGCGCCGCCCCGCCCUGGCUGGGGGCUUCGGUCUCCGGGUAAUGGGGGAGAAGAAGAGGAGGCAGAGCGGGUCGGGAGAAAGACGGCCGCCCCUUCGGGAACAGAGGGACUCGGGGGGGUCAAAACGUAGCGCUUCCGGCCCCGCCCCUGGGGUCGACGGCGCCGCAAACCUACGCGUCGCGACGCGGAGCUCGGAGGAGUGUUCCUUCCCUCUCUUAGAGGCUCAGGCGCAGGGACCGCCCCGCGGAGCGUCCCUUGGCAGAGCCCGCCCUGUCUCCGCGGCAGCCUAUUGGCGGCAGCCCGCGGGCCGAUCCUGUUCCCGCCCCCGAUCGGAGCCUUUCGGGUGGCUCCACCCACAAUGGGCGUUUCCUCAAGCCACGCCUGCGCAGGUCGUCGGGGGAGACUGAUGAAGACACGACUAUCCCCAGACCAUAUUCUAACUACUAUGGUGCUGUGUAAAAAGCAACCUGAGAAGUGUGGAUGACAAGCUACAGGUAGGGCCCUGGGCCCAAGACGGUCGCUUGGACAACAUGCUAAAUAAACUAUAAAUAAACUCGAUAGUAUUUGAAGCUACAAGAGUAGAUAAAAAUUACAGGAGGACCAAGGACAAACUUGGGAAAGCCAAUGUUUAAGGAAAGGGAAAGCAAAAACACACACACACACACACAAACAAUGUAACCAGAGCCACAAAAACUAGAAUCACAGCACAGGGAUUCUGAUGUUUACAUUAUGUCCUGUUUCCAUGUUGACACAUUAUACAAGGACAGUAUUUUUUCUGAUUGCUUAAUUGUUCAUCAUCUUCCAUCUGAUUUGCUUAACCAUUCAUCCUUUCACUUAACAAAUGUUUUUUGAAUGUCCACCAUGUGCCAGACACUGUUCUAGGUGCUAGGAAAACAGCUGUGAACAAAACCAAUAAAAAUCCCUUUCCUCAUGGAA